AUGGUUGAAGCAGAUCGCCCAGGAAAGCUCUUCAUUGGUGGGCUUAACACGGAAAUGAAUGAGAAAGUCCUUGAAGCAGUAUUUGGCAAAUAUGGACGAAUAGUGGAAGUGCUCUUGAUGAAAGAUAGUGAAACCAACAAAUCAAGAGGAUUUGCUUUUGUCACCUUUGAAAGUCCAGCAGAUGCUAAGGAUGCAGCCAGAGACAUGAAUGGAAAGUCCUUAGAAGGAAAAGCCAUCAAGCUCCUGUAUCACGUGGAAGAGAUAGUUAUGGAGGGCCCCUGCCCUCUUGUAGAGAUGUUUAUUUAUCUCCAAGAGAUGAUGGAUAUUCUACUAAAGACAGCUAUUCAAGCAGAGAUUACCCAAGUUCUCAUGACACAAGAGAUUAUUCACCACCUCCAAGAGAUUUUAUUUACCGUGAUUAUGGUCAUUCCAGUUCACGUGAUGACUAUCCAUCAAGAGGCUAUAGUGAUAGAGAUGGAUAUGGUCGGGAUCGUGAUUAUUCAGAUCAUCCAAGUGGAGGAUCCUACAGAGAUUCAUAUGAGAGUUAUGGUUGAGGACUUAUGGUCAUUUAGAUUUCUUGGAGAUAGUGUAGAAUAG